CAAUGCCCGCCAGCUUCAACGCUUUGUAGCGUAGCGUACUCGGUACCAUAUCUACAACCAUCUUGGGCGCCCCCAAAUGAGUAGAGCCCACAGGGAACGAGAAGGGAAAACAGGAUACUAAUGAGCCGACAAACUUCGUACCUUGACAAUGGAUGUAGAUGGGUCGAUGCCGCUGGGGUGAGUUUCCUGGUACCUCGACAACCAGCCAGACACGGUGGACUUGUGGCAGCAAACUGCAGUAGAUCAACUGGCAUCAAAGGCAGAGUAUCACCAUCAUCACCAGCAUCACCUGCGUCAACUCUGCCUACAGAACCGCAAACGGUCUCCUCAACCACGGUUCGACAUCGCCAACGAACACCCUCCUCAGCGGUCCAAGUCAUACCCCUCCCUCGCCCUUAUUCUCUUCUCGGUUGGCCUCUGUUGUUGGUCUCGCUUCCCUUUCCGAGGUCUCUUCAGGGACGCUGUCGAACACCUCCUUCAACAUCACAUAUUACACCCUUGCCCUUUCCAUCAGCAGCUCCGUCCAGCCCGUCCACUCCCUCCCCACCACUACCACAGCGACCCCUUGACCUCCUUCCUAGGAUGAAAGUUCCCCCUCCUCACUCUCCAGUCUGCCACACCACUAGCAUUGCCCAACGGUAUGGGGUACCUUCACCUCCGGUUGUCUUCUGUUGCUAGCGAUCCAGACCAAUGACUUUCCUCGCAGCAGAGGAGAUCCCCUCGAUCCACGGCCCCUGAACCCUGCGUAGUACCCGCCCGCUCCGGAUUUACCUAGGUAUAAUAGGUAUAAUACAGCUUGAUAUAUAUGUUCCUUAAGACCAGGCGACUUUAUUAAAGUCAUCAGAUUGGAGCAAUUUACAACCCUGUUUUUGGACUCCACGAGCUUGUUAUGUUAUAUAUUUGCAAGCCGCCGAUCAAGUCGAGUCACUCUCCGACUUUGCCAAUGCAAUUAUUUCUGCUGUAUCUCUGCGCCUCGAAAGUACAUUAUAUAUUGGUGUGGCACUGCAUCAUCAAUUCCAGUCAGAGGGGAUUUCAUAAUCGACGGACCCGACUAUCGCCAUCAGCCAUCCUGUUGGCCCCCAAAGACUUCUUCCUCCCGCUGUACAUUUCUGCUCAAUCACGGCUGUUCAUACAGUACAGUACCGGAUUGGUCGCUGUAAGGUUUGAGAAACCGCCAUUUCGGAGGCCUACGGGAUCUCAACUACUGCAGUCGCUAACGGGAUUCUUAAAACCAACGAGUACCCUGUCACUUCGCAGUCUUUUUGGCACACGCAGGUUUUUCCCUAGAGAGCUACCUGCAUCGUUAUAAUCUCAAAAUUUUCCGAAGCUGCAAUCGGACAUCCAGAUAGUCCGGGGCCUAAAUCGCUCUCCAUGAGUCCUUCGCUCAGCUCAUCAAAGAUGUUUCACACUUGUUAGUACAUGACAAUCUACACUUUCUGUCUGUAUGGUAGAUAGACUAACCUUCUUAUCUGAUUUAGUUCAAGGUUUGGCUCCGCCUCGGGUCACGACAGAGCAAGCGCAAGAGACACAAAAACCAGUUAUCAACGGCGUCUCGAAAAGAAUCACUACUCCUCAUGCUUGUGCAGAGUGUAAGAGACGAAAGAUUAGAUGUGAUGGACGGCAGCCCUGUGGCCAAUGUCUUGGUUGCCGGUCGCCCAAACCUUGCUACUAUGAUAAGCAUAGACAGCGAGUGAUUCCUUCACGCAAGUAAGUUCAAUACAGCGGAAUAAAAUGAUCGCGGAACGACUAGCCUCAAUAAGCUACUGACUGGCACAGGACUCUCGAUGCGCUUUCUCAGUCACUCGAGGAAUGCCGAACUGUGCUCAAGAGACUAUAUCCAAGUCAUGAUGCCCAGGCACUACUCCCUUUGUCGCGGCAAGAGCUCUUUAGUCUUCUGGACCAGGACCGUUGUGAAGCUCGGAAUGGAAGUAUGGUAUCUACCACAUCACCAACUGGCUCCCACACAACGACCUCUCCUCUCACAGACUUCUCUCAAGAUCUUCACUCUCCCAUGACCUCAGCAGCGGAUGAUGACCGCGCUCUUGCAAAUUUGGAGCAGAUUCCAAGUCAAGAUACGGAAUGGGAUGAAGAGCAACGAAACCGAGACCCUAUUCCCGCCGAAGCUGAUGAUGUGAAUGCGUUAUCUCUAUCUGUGGACAAGCAAACAUCAUACUUGGGUGCCAGCUCAAUCAAGGCAGCCUUUCUGGUUAUGCUCAAAGUUGCUCCGAAGCUGGGAGCUUUCCUGGCACAUAACGGCGGCAACAAGCAAAACAAUGCAACAAGUAACUAUCCAACCCCUCGACCUGGAGCACCCACCAAGAGCCAACUGGCUAUUACUUGGUCGUCCGAAGGCCAAACAUUGAUUGAUGCUUACUUCAAUCGCGUUCAAAUCUUUGUGCCGAUGCUCGAUGAGCCCUCGUUUCGGGCAGACUACUUGAAUGGAAGGAGACAGCAUGCGCCAUGGCUAGCUCUUUUAAAUAUGGUAUUUGCAAUGGGUAGCAUUGUGGCCACCAAGUCGGACGACCAUAGUCAUAUCAGCUAUUACACAAGAUCAAAGGAACAUCUAGGCCUCGACAGUUUUGGCAGUGGGCAUUUGGAGACCCUACAAGCGUUCAUAUUGAUGGGAGGGUACUACUUACACUAUAUCAACAGGCCCAAUAUGGCAAAUGCUAUUACCGGAGCUGCUCUGAGGAUGGCAUGUACUAUGGGUCUUCACCGAGAAAGCUCGCCAGAUGCAUCGAAUGGAAGCAAUCUCCUCCGGGAGCAAAGGAGGAGAACAUGGUGGAGCCUAUUUUGCCUGGAUACAUGGGCUAAUACUACGCUUGGAAGGCCAUCCAUGGGGCGCUGGGGACCUGGGAUCACUAUUCGCUCUCCAGAGGAGAGCAAUGAUUUGGUACGUGAUUUUCUUGACUAUAGUUAUAUGCAUUGACUGAGCUCACAUUCACUACAGAAGGUUAUGGGGCAGAAUGCUGGAAUCAUUCCAAUGAUAGAAAGUAUUAAGUUCUGCAAGCUUUCGACCCACAUCCAAGAUAUUUUGGCUCAGUCGCCUCUUCUUCACCACAGCCAGUUAAGCGAACUCGACCACGAACUCACAACAUGGUAUGACAAUCUACCUUGGAUCCUGAGAUCGACGGAGCCAUGUCCAGAGUCAAUCUACACUGCGCGAUGCAUCAUGAAAUGGCGUUACCAAAACCUUCGCAUUGUGCUACACCGACCUGUACUCCUGAAUCUCGCUAAUUCUAGUAACGAUGUUACAGCCACACCUAACGAAAUUGCAACAAUAAACAAAUGUCGCAUCCUUGCAAAACAAACAAUCGAAGACAUCGCACGCGAAUGGGCACGAAACCAAAUGUUAGGUUGGGGUGCUGUCUGGUUCAUGUAUCAAGCUUCAAUGAUUCCUUUGGUAAUGAUGUUUUGGGAGUCAUGGAAUACGGAUCUAGUCCGGGCUUGCCAGGGACAAAUUGAAAUUGUCCUGGAAGCCUUGGAUGAAAUGUCGGAUUGGUCCUUGGCCGCGAGAAGAAGCAGAGAGGUUCUAGUUAAGAUGUACGAGGCAAGCAAGAGUCCUCUUACACGACAAAAUAGCCCACGCAUGGGUCCGACUAUGGUUAAAAGCGAAGGUGGGGCCAAUAAUCAGGUUCUGACACCACCCUCGCCGAUGAACAUGAGUGGUAUCCAUGGUGUGGAUGGCAUCACACAUAUUAUGAACGGAAUGAAUGGCAUGAAUGGACACCUGAUGGAGGGAUCAGGAAUACAGCACGUUGAAAUGACCACUGAAGAUGGCAUGGUCAUGAUAGACCACCCAGGAAUUUGGGAUCUAGACGGGAUGCUUUGGGGCAGUCUGCCUGACGGACUCCAUCUGCCUUUCGAUGGCAUGCCCAUGGAAUUUGAGGGUGGUGAGAUACCGCAUUACGACGGAAAUUACAUGUUGAUGCACCAGUAACAUGAACGACAUUAUACGUGACGACACAACCUUCACUUCGUUGUCUCGAAAAUCUCUUUCCUUGGUGUCUUUGUGGUAUGGAUUUUGCGGAGCGAUCAUGGGGCGGAAAGGUGGCAAGAGUUAGUUGUUGAUACCCGGGAGGCAAUACAUGGCCCUUCUUUUCUGCCGGCGUUAUAUUGGAGGGGCACCAUUCGUUUAUUCUAUUUCUCUACCUGUCUCUUCUGUAUAUACCAGCUUUAUACCCCCGUUACAUAUGGA